AUGUCGUCGAGCAUGACAUCAUCCAGCCUCUUCUCUCGCGCUCGUGCUCAUACAGCCGUGAUGCCAUCGCCGAAAAAGUUGCGAGGCUUCUUGGCUCUGCCAGGGGAAAUCAGAAACGGAAUCUACAGCUACUACUUUGGUUCGGAGUACCAUUGCGAAAUCACCGCACAAGGAAGUCAAUUCAAGCAGCGGAGACCCCACACCAUCAAGCUAUGGUCUGGACUUGCUGCCCGCAAAGACCAUGCUUCAAGACCUGACACCAAACCUGGCAUGCCCGCCCUAAACAUUGUGCGCUUCUCCGGGCCACUGGGACUACAGACAAAUUGGCUCGGCUCGCCGUACGCCCUGAGCCUUACAUGCAAGCAAGUGCAUUUGGAGACGGCAGCUUUCCUCUACAGCAAAACAGUCUUCAUAUUUGAUGCGCCAAAGCGAAUCCUCAACUUCUUCAACGUUGUUCCCAGCACCAGUUUGGACAAAAUCACAAAGCUACAUUUCCAUUACGAUACCUAUGGACCACCUCAUCGAGCGGACCACCAAGUCUGGCAGGCCAAGCAUAGUCAGAGUUGGUUCAACGCAUGCAAAGCUGCUUCCAAGAAGCUUACCGGCCUGCAAGAACUCCAAGUAUGGGCCCAGCUCCACGACAGCGCUCCAAAGUUCAGCUUGCGUGAGAAAUGGAUAACGCCCUUGUUGCAAUUUCAAAGACACACACGUUGCACGUCACGGAUGAAGGCUGUUGAUGAUGCUGCUGCUGCUACUGCUUCGCCGAAAGCCAAUGACACGCACACGUCGUACCUUGAAAAUGUCCAGGUUCAUAUCAGGACUCGCUGGUCUCACAGCCCACUAACGGCUUUCUUGAACAACAAGCGACUGGCACAGGCAAGCACGGAGCUGCAUGUGCUGUAUGGACAUGCUGUUAGCCUGGCGAUCAAGGGGGCAAAGGAAGAAGAAGCCAUGGCUGCCUUUGAUGCUGCAUGGGGAGGAAAGUACAGGCAGUGGAGACAUCAUUUGCAGUUUGCCCAGACAGGAUGGUGA